CGGCCUUGGUCUUGCUCGAAGGCGUAUAGGUUAUGUUGACGUCUAUUCGCGAGACAAAAAAGAAAAAACUUUAUCCGUAUUUGGAAUUCGGUGAUUCAUCCUGACCAGUUCCUUCGCUCCAGUCUCGCACCGUCAAAUCUCAAAGAAAAUGGUUUCCUACACAGAAGACCAGCUGGCUGAAUUCCAAGAAGCCUUCCAGCUAUUCGACAGUCGAGGUGACAACAAGAUCCAUGUCUCUCAGAUCGGAGAUGCUUUGAGAGCUCUCGGACAGAACCCCACCGAGAGUGAUGUCAAAAAAUUCACUCAUCAACACAAACCAGAUGAGCGAAUCAGCUUUGAAGUGUUCCUCCCAAUUUACCAAGCUAUUUCCAAAAACCGAUCUGCAGACACAGCUGAUGAUUUCAUUGAAGGUCUGAGACAUUUUGACAAGGACGGUAAUGGCUUCAUCUUAUCCGCAGAAUUACGUCAUCUCCUGACCACUCUUGGUGAAAAAUUAACCGAUGAAGAAGUCGAACAGUUACUGCAAGGUCAAGAAGAUUCCCAAGGAAACGUCAACUACGAAGAAUUCGUACGCAUGGUCAUGUGCGGCUAAAAAUACUAUGACCUCACAGUAUUAUUUUCUUUCUCUUCAUUUGAUACUUCCACAUAUCAUUCGUCCUUUCACUUCUUCCCUUCUUUUUUCCAUUACUUAUAAUGCUCUUCCCUUUUCCUCCCCGUUUGUAUUUGUAACUUAUUUUAUCUUGAUUUUGGCACUUCUACGCAACAAUAUGAGUUUUAAGAAGGCUCCUAAAUUAUUUUAGUGUUUAUUCAUAUUUAAUUGUUGCAUUUAGUAUUAUUAUUUUUUAUAUAUUAAUAAAUAUUUAAUUUUA